AUGGCGUCUGCGCAGCUGCGAGUGGCGGUGGACUGCUCCAGCAACCAGAACUGCAGCAUGGAGGCCCAGGACCUCCUCAGCAAAAAGGGGUUCGCGGAGUCCUACGGCACAGGUUCUCGCGUGACUCCCGGGCCAGCGCCGGACAAGCCCAACUUGUACGAUUACAGCACCACCUACGAUGCCAUCUACAGGGAUCUCCCCCGGAAAGACCUGGAGCUGUACACCCUCGAGGCCCAGCGGGGGGGGGCCUCCUCUUCUCCGAGCUCUGCCAGUGCGUCUGCCUCAUGGACAACGUAG